AUGUUGUGCCUGUUACUUGGAUUUCUUUGCGCGAUUAUUGUCAUCUGGGCCCUUGGCUCGCCAGAUCCACAACCACUAAAUCUCGUCUAUUCUCUACCAGGAAAAUGGUACUGGCUGAAAUUCCGUUUGAUGCGCUUUGUGAUUGGACGUCGACAGAAAAAGACCCAGCAAGAAGCAAAGAAAGACGAUUUAUUGAAGUCGCAGUUUGGUGGUACCGGCAAGCGAGAUCCAACUGAAAUGGAGAGCAAGCACGAAUUUCCGGAAGACAAGGAAUGGGCAGCGGAUGCCGUGUUUUUUGAUGCCUCAAAUAAAGAUGGCUGGUAUUUGACACUCGGAACGGCACAGAGACCAAACAAUGUCAUCAAUCUUUUCUUUAUCCUUCGAAUUCCAAAUGUUGGAACAUUCUCUAAUGAAGAACUCUUGACCGACACCAAUGUUACGAGCGUCGAUUUGAAAGAUGAAUGGAAGACCGAGAGCGGAUUUUCGGUGAAAUGCGUGGAGCCGAUGAAGCGAAAGCCGGACCUGAAAUGGUUAAUACUCCAGAGACUAUUGAAGCGGAAUAUUCUUUUGGAAUGGACGAAUUUCGGCGACCAGUUUGACUUUGAUACGGAAGUGUCUCCAACGUCUAUCGCACACUCACUGGCCAUCGAACCGUGGAGUCGUGAAUUGUUCAAACGUCUUCAAGAAAGCCAUCAAACCCAUUAUGAACAGUUCGGUUUCCUGGAGGGAUAUAUUAAACUCGAUGACAAGGAGUACACCGGAAUCCGAAUGACGUCGAUGCGUGACCAUACGAUCACUGGCUAUCGUAGAUGGACAGAUAUCAGGAGAUAUAUCAUGAUGAUCUACCAUCUGGCUGAUGGAACCUGUAUCCACACUUCAUUGAUUUCAAUGCCUGAGACUGUAUUUUCGCAUUUGGAAUUUGGAUAUGUGAUCACCCCCGAUAAAAAGAAACUUCCCGUUGAUCGUAUUCAUCUCCAUCUAGCACAUAUCGGAGAAGGAAAACGUUUCCCGGAGCGUUUUGAAUAUACAUUUGAGGCCGGGAAGAAGACAUACGAUGUCAAGGUAAAAUUGGUCGACAGCUGUUCCUUUAAAAUGGGUCGCGAGCAGAGAUGUCAGGUCAACGAAAACAUGGCUGAAUUCGAAGUGAAUGGUACGCGCGGUUAUGGGUUUGUCGAGGCUGAAUAUAGGAUUGAGCCAUAU